CCUAUUUAGGGUAAAUUCUCUUAAAUAAUCCAAAAAUAGGGUGCUUAUGUUUAUUCCCACUCGUCGUGCUAAUAAGAAGCCCUGCCUAAGUAAAGUACUUCGUCUAGAGGCAAAUAACCUAUUCAGCUUUCGACGAACCGCGAACGCCCCUGUCCUGCGUCAAGGAAGACGUAACCCACUGCCGGACUGCGUCUCCUCACUCUGCCUCGCCGCUUCACUCCGUUCAGCCUUCACUCUUCAGGCGGCAGGAAAGAGGAUGCGCCCCGGCGGAGCCGGAAAGAUGCAGGCUUCGUCGUGGAGGAUCGUCCAGCAGUUGGGAAAAACAGGCAAUUCGAUUUUCAGCCUCCUCUACCUAUGGAGGAUGAUCCGGCCAUACUUACCGCAUCAGCUUCUCCACCUUCUUAACCAAUGGACGCUCAAGCUCACCCUCUUCGCCAACCCGUACAUCAGAAUCUCAAUCCACGAGUACAUCAAGCGGAAUAUCCGGCCGCACAGCGCCUACGCCGCCGUGGAGGCUUACCUCAGCACGCGAUCACUGAGCGAAGCCAACCGACUGAAGGCGGAGACAGUGACCCGGCCCGACGGCGUUGGGGAACGCCUCGCCUUGAGCAUUGCCGAAUCCCAGAGUGUCCACGACGAGUUCCUCGGGGCGAAGGUGGAGUGGAUCGCCGGGAGAGUCAAUCGUCGUUCCGAAAAAGGAGACGAGCCAGAGAACAGAUGUUACACACUGGUUUUCCACAAGAGGUAUCGAGAUCUGGUCUCAAAUGCAUACCUGGAUCACGUGAUAAGGGAAGGAAAGUUGCAGACUACAAGAAGGAAGAGGCAGAAGCUGUACACGAAUAGCCACCAUUCCGGCACCGGCUGGAGCCAUAUCGUGUUCGACCAUCCCGCCAGCUUCGAGAAGCUGGCCAUGGAUCCCGAGAAAAAGGAGGAGAUUGUUGAAGACCUAAUGUCCUUCAAAAACAGCAAGGAUUUAUACACAAGGAUCGGGAAAGCUUGGAAGCGGGGGUAUUUACUGUACGGCCCGCCGGGGACAGGGAAGUCCACUCUCAUAGCCGCAAUGGCGAAUUUACUGCAUUAUGAUAUCUAUGACCUAGAGUUGACCUCCGUCACCAACAACAAGCAACUCCGGCAGCUAUUGGCGGAAAUCACCGGUAAAUCAAUCGUAGUGAUCGAGGACAUUGACUGCUCCCUGGAUCUUACUGGAAGCAGGAAGAAGAGUAAAAACCCCGCCCCUGAAAAAAGCAGCAACAGCGAAUCGGAUUGUCCCGGGGUCACUCUGUCUGGAUUGUUGAAUUUCAUAGAUGGAUUGUGGUCAUCUUGCAGCGGGGAGAGGAUCAUCGUUUUCACCACGAACCAUGUGGAGAAAUUGGAUCCUGCCUUGAUCAGAAGAGGGAGGAUGGACAGGCACAUCGAGCUCUCUUACUGCACAUUCGAGGGAUUCAAAGUUCUAGCUAGGACGUACCUCGAAUUGGAAGAGCAUCCGCUCUUCGAAUCGAUUGAAAUGCUGAUGAAGGCGACGGAGAUCACGCCUGCAGAUGUUGCAGAGAUUCUCAUGCCCAAAUCGAGCCAGGACGUCGCCGCCUCGGCCGAGCCUGCCCUCCAACAUCUAGUUGAAGCUCUCCAAGAGAAAAAUGCCAUCGCCGCCGAAUAUGGAUUUCUCAAGCUUCCCAAUCGUGUGUCAUUGGGGAGGGAACUAUUAUGAGGAUGCUGGGCAAAUAUGCCAUGAAGGUGGCAGAACGAGCUUUGUCAUGGUUUCUCGUGGCGCUUGCAUGGUCGAGAUCCUUCAAAAAAUACAUGCAGCGACAAUGAUUCAUCCCGGCCGUUCAUUGCGGUUGAAAAUGAAAUUUCCCAUGAACGGGGGAAAGUACAUGCUUAUGCCGCUCAUUGAUGAGCUAGCUAUAACAAAUAUGUGGGGCAUAAUUCAGAUGGAGGAUAUGUCGUCGCUGGAGGUAUACAUUGAGGAAUGCUUUGACGCUAAUGCUACUCAAUCGACAUCAAAUGCUGGUGUAUCUAGGCAUGAUGUCAUUGCAGGGGUGAAUGCAGGGAAGUCGUCAAAGGUUCCUGUACUAGACAUGGUUAUACAGGAGGAUGGCAGGUAUUUGCACAACGGUGCAUCAUUUGUGGAUGGGCAGGGAAGUGAUGAUGAUGCAGACGAGAACAUCAAUGGUGACGACAUGACAGAAUCUGAUGAAGAUGAUGGUGAUACUGUGACAUCAACUGCCCCGUCUAGCCACUUCACUAGAAUGUAUGAUCUCCCUGAAGGUUUUACUGAUGCGUGGAUGAGUGGAUCAGGUGAGAAAAGGUUUACCCCCGAUGGUGAGUUUGAGGUCGGUAAAGAUGUGGUUGACAUUAUUCGCACUGAUCCUUCUCUUAAAGUGCAUACUAUCAUCGAGAUGUUGAAGGAAAA